GUGUUUCCGUCGUCACUGUCUCUCUCUCGCCACGCAGAUUACGAUUCGUUGAUAUUUUAGCUAAUCCUCUCUCUUAAUUUCUUAGAGACCAUCUUCUCCCCAAUUUCGCCGCAGAUCUAUCUUUUGAAAUUGUGAAGACGAAGAAGAAGACGAUGAUUCGACUAAGAACAUACGCAAGCCUUAGUUUUAUGGCGACUUUGGCUGUAAUCUAUCAUGCAUUCAGCAGCAGAGGCCAAUUUUAUCCUGCGACUGUUUAUUUAUCAACCUCAAAGAUCAGUUUGGUGCUGCUUCUCAAUAUGUGUUUGGUUCUUAUGCUUAGUCUCUGGCAUUUGGUGAAAUUUGUCUUCUUGGGGUCUCUUAGGGAAGCAGAAGUCGAGAGGUUGAAUGAACAAGCUUGGAGAGAACUCAUGGAGAUUCUCUUUGCCAUUACUAUCUUUAGACAAGACUUCUCUAGUGGGUUUCUUCCUUUGGUUGUUACUCUUCUGUUGAUCAAGGCUUUACAUUGGCUUGCUCAGAAAAGAGUUGAAUAUAUUGAGACUACUCCUGCUGUGUCUAAGCUUUCUCAUUUUCGUAUUGUCUCUUUUAUGGGUUUCCUUCUUCUUGUGGAUAGUUUGUUUAUGUACAGUUCUAUACGCCACUUGAUUCAGUCGCGCCAGGCUUCCGUUUCUCUCUUCUUCUCAUUCGAGUAUAUGAUACUGGCGACAACGACUGUUGCAAUUUUUGUGAAGUAUGUUUUCUAUGUCACUGAUAUGUUAAUGGACGGUCAAUGGGAGAAGAAACCAGUUUAUACUUUCUAUCUGGAGCUUAUCCGUGACCUGCUUCACUUGUCCAUGUAUAUCUGCUUCUUCUUUGUCAUAUUCAUGAACUAUGGCGUGCCUUUGCAUUUGUUACGGGAGCUCUACGAAACCUUCAGAAACUUCCAGAUUCGUGUUUCCGAUUACCUUCGUUAUCGUAAGAUCACGUCCAAUAUGAACGACAGGUUUCCUGAUGCAACUCCUGAAGAACUUACUGCAAGUGAUGCCACAUGUAUCAUAUGCCGUGAAGAGAUGACAAAUGCAAAGAAACUAAUAUGCGGGCAUCUCUUUCAUGUGCAUUGUCUUCGAUCAUGGUUGGAGAGACAGCAGACAUGUCCUACUUGCAGAGCACUUGUUGUACCUCCUGAGAAUGCCACAUCUGCAGCUGCUAGCCAACGUGGAAUACACCAAGGCUCCCAACAGGGUACAUCAAGCUCAAAUAACCAGGGCUCUGAAACAAGUUCUGCCUGUGGCGUUUCCAAUGAUAAUUUGAGCAGGCACCACGCCAGGCUUCAAGCAGCUGCUUCGGCAGCCUCCAUGUAUGGGAAAUCAAUGGUUUACCCAUCUGCAAACACAGUAGCAUGGUCGCCGAGUAUUCCUGGGACAGAGCAAGUGUCAACUGAACAACAUCAAACUCGUCCUUCAUCCUUUUCCUCAUCUCAGCUUCCUCAAGACAACCUUCCAGGUGAAAACCCUCAAGCCUAUGCAAAUAUGUCAGAGACUAAGCUGGAAGAAAUGAGAAAAUCUCUCGAGACCCACCUGGAGAUAUUGCGAAACCGGCUUCAUUUUCUGGAGAAGAGGAAACCAGAGUCCACAGGAGAAGCAGAUAACAAAGGAAAGUCGGUUGCGGAUGCAGCAGGGGAGUGAAAAAACAAAACUAUGGUAUGUUAACUGAGGCAGAGCAGAUAGAGAGAGGAGAAAGAUUGGUGGUUCUUCUCAUAGAGACAAAAAAAAAGAUGAAUCUCCCAAAAGUGUACAUGUUUUAUUAUUAACUGUGAUAGAAUUUACUAGAAGAAGCUUGAGACUGAAUCAUAAACCGUGUUUUAUUCA